AUGUGUGCUAUUUCUUUCAUCCUACUCUUCAUUCAGGCUUGCCUGAUCCAAAAUGCUGUCGGUGUCUGUUUAGGAAAGACUGGUAUUAACAAUGCUGUUGUUGCACCGUUGGCUGGCGCCGCCAUUGCCCCUGGUAGACUUGGCUAUGAAGGCUGCGGCAGCUAUGGCGGUGUUGGCGUUGGUAACAUCCGCGUGGCUGGCGAGCUGCCCGUGGUCGGUAUCACCUCCGUCGCUGGUCGCGUGCCCAUCGUGGGUACUGUUAAAUUCGAGGGCCCCGCUUGCGCUGGUGGCUGCGUUACCAUUGCUGGCCAAUGCACUCCCAUCUGCGGAUGGGGUCUUGCUUAUUAA